CGCGCAGGAACGAUCAGCGUCCCCCCUCGACGCUACGAUCGCAGAGACACCCGGUCCCCUGAACCCGUGCGGUACGAAACCAAGGCUAAACGCGAGUAUAUGCGGAAGGAUGAGUACAAGUCAAAGCCCAAGCAAGAGUACGCUCGCAGAGAGGAGUAUCAGCCCAAGAAAGAGUACAGGCCUAAGAAGGAGUACAAGCCUAAGGCUGAGUAUGCACGCGAUUCGUUUGCAUCUGAGUCACCUGCCAAGCCGAGCUUCGUGUUCUUAGAUAAUGUCGAUGGCGACUAUGACACAAUUCAGGUGAGCGGAGAUAAAUUCACCAUCAAAGAUCAACUGAGGCAAAAGUUCCACGCGCUAUGGGACAAGGCAAAACGUGCAUGGAACGUUUCUCGCUAGGAUAAGCACCGGGUGAUUUCGUUUGUGCUGGAUGAGGGAAAGCUGUAUCGAGAUCGCACGCGCUAGAGCGAGUGUAACACUCUUUGAUCGGCGCACAUAUGCGGUACGCGUAUAAUUGUUCUACUAGAAAUGUGUAUCUGCUGUGAUCACAACCGGAGCUGCAUGCUUGAUAGUGUUAUCAGUACGAAUUAGAAAAGUGAUUUCAAGGGCGAUCAAUAUCGGGUACUAUUGGGAAGGACAUUGUAUUGAAUUGCCGUGUCGUUUAAAUUGAGGAUUGGACAUUAGCAUGCAAGUCGUGACGGUAGCACAUAAACGUACGUACACACACACCUAUCUACAUAAUGCGUACGUAUGUGUUUGUGUAUGUGAUAUUUUGUGUGUAGGUUAAAAGAUUGCUAUGUAUAAGUAGGUUGGCCUUGAACAUCUGGAUACCCCCAAUGAUUAUGACUGGUAAAUAAAUAUUCUGCUUUAG